GGCGGAAGCCAUGGACAAACACGCGAAGGCGUCGAAACUUCCUUCGGGGGGGAAGGGGGAGCGGCGUUUAAGCAUGUUCGAGAAAGACAACUAUACACAGAUCGUAAAAGACAGAAUGAGAAGUUCAAGCCAUGAAGUUCACGGUAUGGAACCAAUGGAUGAUGAAUCGUUUGCAGAGUUUGGGAGAAGUGAAAUAUUUACAUUGAAGACUAGCAUGGCAAAAAUAAGAUAUGCCAAUACAUACAAAAUGGAGCCAUAUAGGAAAUUCCAGGCUCAUUUAGUAAGAAACAAAGCUCAACAUAUACUAACGCAGCGACUUCAAGAAACCAAGUAUAAUGGUGUGACUAGUAGCUUCUUGUGUAAUUCAAUCUCAGAAGAAAUAUUAACAGCUGUCAAGGACAUGGGCUUUGACCGCUAUAAGUACGUAGUAACAGUCCUAAUCUUGCAAAAGACUGGUCAGGCAAUAAAAAUCUCCAGCAGAUGGGUCUGGGAUGUUGCAAGGGACAACUGGGUUUCAGCUAAAUGUGAAACAGAAUCCUUUGUUUCAUUGGCUUUGAUAAUGGCUUGUUACUAUGAGUAGUUUUCGAAAAGCAACCUCUGUUAACGAUCAUCACAAUACUCUGUAUAAUUGUUCAAAAAUCUUCAUAAAGUUAUAGUUAUUUUAGAACACUUUCUUUGUUAAGUUAAAAACAGUUGAUACAUUGAAAUGCACAUAAAUUUAAACAAAUUUUACCAAUUCUUGUCUAUAAUUUUUUUUUAAAUAUGUAUGGGUGAGUGCAUACUAUAUACAUCUGUCAUAAUGCUAUGUUUAUGAAUUUAUGACAGGUGCUAAGAACACAUUUUGCAAGGUGCUGAAUGUGGCCUCGCACAUUCUAAAGGAUGGGGUUGCAACAUAUUACAAGUGACAAUUCCGUUCAUAAAAGGGAAAUAUUCUACUCUUUGAGGUGACUCCGAAACAGAAAAGUAACAUUGUAUUUACUCUCAGUUGUUGUCAUAUUCAUCAAAUUCCACAGCAAUAAUCUCUUCAGAGAUCUAGUAAUAAGGAAAGCCACUGUAAUGUGGCUUAUUUUUAAAAGCUUUUCUUAGAUUAAAUACAUUUUCCCCACUGUAACCAGCUGUUUUUUCUUAUGCCUGUUAAACUCUCAUUUUUGUAUUUUGAAGUUUGGAACAUUCCAUUUAAGGUCCCAGUCCUGCUCCUGUUGAAGUCAGUGGGAGUGUUGUCAUUGACUUCACUGAUACCAGGAUGGAUCCCAAAUUACAAACCAUCAACUGUUUUAUAAUCCUUAGUCUGGAGGCUGAUAUAUUGUAUUUACUGGAUUCAGUUACUUUUUUUCAUUUCAUCAGACUGGUUCCUAAUGACAACAAAGCCAGAAGAGCUGUAAAAUCCAUUCAGUGACAACCUAAAAUCUUAGGAGAUGGAUAUGUAAUUGACAGUUAAUGACAACAAUACAUACAUUUAUAUUGAAAAGAAUGGCUAAGACAAAAUUUGCGAAGUAUUUAUAAAGAAUGUUAGAAUUGCUGCUAUAUUAACCUAACUGACUCAAAUCCGCUAUUAUUUCAUUGAUGUUGUUCAAACAUAACAAUUUAGAAGAAAAUAAAUGGUAUUUGUUUUCAAAAUAA